CGCUGAAGCCUUCCAGACGUGGUUCAUCAAGUCUCACAUUACGUAUAUAGAAUUAUCAAUCAACUUGCUGAAUUAUAUAAUUUCGGCCUCCGACAAGCCCCCGUACGUUCCGAUUCACAAUUAUCAAUAGAAUAGUUUGCAAGGCAGUGUAGUAAGAGCUCUGAAUUGUUGUUUUUUAUAAGAAAUUCAAGUUUUUUUUAGCAAAAUGACCGACAAAGAGCGGGAGGCGAAGCAGCCGAAGGCGCCAAAGCCGCUGAAGCCCGUGGAAAAAACCAGCGAUCCGAUUAUCUCGCAGAUCGGAGACUUCCGGCGAUACCAUUUAUUCUUCAUCUCCAUCGUCAUUCUGUGCAAGUUCGGAACAGGAUGGCACACUUUGGGGCACAUUUUCCUGUCUGCACCGACGCCCUUAUCCUGCGAAACACCCAACGUCACGGAUCCCUGCAGUGACGCAUGCACUGAGACCAAGUUCGACACGAGCGUCUUCAAGUCCACCAUUAUAACCGAAUGGGAUCUAACCUGCGACAAGAAAAACCUGGCCAGUAUGUCCCAAAGUUUAGUUAUGUUUGGCAUCUUGGUGGGUAGCAUUGUUUUUGGCGUUAUAGCCGAUCGAUGUGGACGACGACCUGCUUUCCUGAUUGCCUGCUUCAUGCAGCUGGGCACUGGCCUGAUCGUCUGCCUGUCGCCCUACUUUUGGUUCUACUGUGUCUUUAGAUUUCUCGUGGCUGUGGCCACGGCGGGAACUAUGACCACGAGUUUCGUCCUCAUCAUGGAGAUCAUCGGUCCCAAGAAGCGAGAAAUAGUCGCCAUUCUGUACCAGAUUCCCUUUAGUGUCGGCCACGCCUCCUUGGCCAUAUUCGCCUACUUUAUACGGGAGUGGCGUUGGUUCCAGUUCAGCAUCACGAUCUUCUCGGUGGUCUUCGUGAUCUACAUCUUCCUGGUGCCGGAGUCACCGCGCUGGCUCUUUACCACCGGUCGGACAGACAAGUCCAUUAAGAUUCUGGAGAAGAUAGCCAAGUGCAACAAUGCACCUACUGAGACUAUCCGUCCGGAAAUCGAGGCUGCCUACGCGGCACUUGCAGCCCGCCAGCCGGCCAAAAAGGGCACCGUGAUUGACCUUUUCCGGACACCCUACCUACGGUUAAAGACCAUAUGCAUGGCCAACAAUUGGCUGGUAGUUUGCAUGGUCUACUACGGCACUGCCCAGUACGUGACCAGGCUGGGCGGCAACAUCUUUAUUAGUAACCUUAUCGCUGCCAGUGUGGGCAUUCCCGGCACCUGUCUCUGUGUGCCUAUGACCAAGUACCUCGGUCGCAAGAAGACUCUGUUGCUCUCCAACGGCUGCAGUGCCGUAGGCUUGAUCCUCCUGGCUUGUCUCUCCCACAUGGGAGAUAAUGUUAUGGUAGGCUGCGCUUCCAUUGGCCUUUUUGGUGCCUCUAUCACCUUUCCAAAUGUCUACUUGUACGGCGGAGAGCUCUUUCCCACGGUGGUGCGAUCCAGCGGAGUUGGUCUAUGCUCGAUGAUAGGACGAGUGGGCUCCAUAGUGGCACCGAUGAUCUGCGAUCUGGAUGUCUAUGGCCUGUGGAUCGCACCUCUCAUCUUCGGAGUUUUCUCCGUUCUGGCCAUUGGGGGGACCAUUUUUAUUCCGGAGACUCGAGGGCUUCCGCUGCCGGAAACCUUGGAAGACGGAGAAAAGUUUGGACGCAAGAACCCGGUGUAAAGUUUUUUGGCGCAGUGUAGGCAAUCGCAAUUGGGCACGAAGGCAAAGCGAGAAUUCAUAAUUUUAGAGCCUAGACAAGCCUAAGCUAUUGCCUAUACUCUAAAAUUAUUAAGUUUCGACUUUGGCUGCGAUUUAUUCGAUGCGAUAUGUCAGUCACUGGCAAACUGCCGUUCGUGCAGCAAACAAGAGGCAACAAAAAAGCAAACGGAAAAACAGAAAAACAGAAGAAAAAAAUUGAAAAAUCUAGCGAAUGCAAAAGGUAAUUACCGCGGAGUAACUUCCACUUCGUGAUUAUUAAAACUGGGUUAGCAGUCUAAAUCCAGCUCGGCUGCUGUUCUCCAACUGCCUUAAUGUCGAGGUGCAAGGCGGCCAAAUAGCUGACUGGCUAACCCGCCAAGUGACUGGGAAUGCAAACUUCGCAUGUGAACCCAAUCGAUAGCACUUCAAAUUAUAUAGCGGAAUCCAAGGAGGAUGUGGGAACUGUUUCUUCAAGCCCAAUUGAAUCUCUUAAGACAUCUGUAGCUCUUACUCUGUCGCUAAAAUCUGGAGCAUCAAGGUCGACAGUCAAAUUAAUUGCCCCGUAGCAUUUAUAGUUAAUAAGUAACAUCCCUCAGCUUGUAAGUAAUUUAAAAUCGAAUAAAUGACGUUUUAGUAUUUCAUUUAAUAAAA